UUACCAUUCCUGGCAGCAGUGUCUUCAGCAAGUAUACGCCGGUUUCUUCAAAGUGCACCUCUUCCAGGCCGAGCCUCGCUGUGGGGAGAAACGUGGGACGACCAGUGCCGGCGUCCGUCCCCGAAUGAUGGCGUAGCUUUUAGAACUAACCAUGGCUAGUUUUUCGCAAUAUAACGUUCGUUUGUUUCGGGACUCCUUUGACACACCUUGGGGGUUCCGGCUUCAGGGAGGUAAGGACCUCGGCCAGCCUCUCACCAUCCAGAGGGUGUUCACAGGUAGCCCGGCAGAAGGGGAGCUACAGAGAGGAGAUAUCAUCGUCUCCAUCAGUGAGCGACAGGCCGAUACUCUCACUCACAAACAGGCGCAGGAUCUGAUCAAGUUCGGCGGGGGCAGUAUUUUCCUAACGAUUAAAAGGCCCCCACCUGGACGGGUCAACGUCGCCCAACCAGCUCCUAAGCCCGUACAGUCUGCUGGAUUUCGUCCCCAACCGUCUAAACCGAUGCCUCAACCCAAGGUGGGUAAGAUACGGAAUUUAGGCGGCCAUGGCCCAGAAUUCGGCGCCGACUUCAGCAGGCCAACACCUCACUAUGCUCCGGUGUCUCCGAGUAACCGGCCCCAGGCCAGCCGGACCAUGCUGUACCAGGUGCAGCAGAGUCUGGAGUCCAAGACCGGUCAGUAUGAUCCAGAUAGUGUCAUUACCACCCCUCAGUACACCCCCAUGAGGCCGCACAGUCAGCAGUUCCAAAGCCUUCUCUCUGAGGAUUCAUUUCAACCCCAGUUUAGCGAGCCCACCCCUGUGUACCAGAGCUUUGCCAGUAGUGUUCAGUCCUCCUACAGACCCGGGCCCCCGGAACCGGAGGAUGAGGAUUAUGAAAUUAUCCCUGUCUCCGAGAGAAAGAAAGCCUUCAUGAGAGCCGAGCCCAGGAAAUGGGGUAACCAGCCGCAAACCCCACUCCACAUUGCCCGAGCACCCAAACCAGCGCCCAAACCUCGAUCACCAAUACCACCAUCAGCAGGACCAGAAUUUGGAACUGACUUUUCAAAGCCAACACAACAAUGGACGCCGCCCUCCCACAACUUCCGGCCAGCCCCGGUGUCGCCUCAACCCUUCGUGUCACAGACCACGUUUAUGCCUGCCUCCGGGGAGGUGGAUCAACCCACCGUGCCGGCCUGGCGGGGCAGUCUCCGACAAACUGGUGCCAAGCAGUGGGAUGAGGAGUACUCCCCGGCCGACUAUACCUCCCCAGCUCCGCCUCCCACCCAGCCGAAGCCUGUCCAAUCCAGGUCGGUGUCCAAGCCGCAGCAGGCCGCCCCUGUCCGGACCGCGCAGCCCUUCAAUCCCGCUCCUCGUACAAUCCCCAUAGUAAACCAGCAGGGGGAUGCGGAAGGACCCCGGGUGGUACAUUUACAGUACAAUUCACCUAUGGGAUUGUAUUCUAAUGAAAAUGUCCAGGAAACACUCGACGGGCAAACAAGAAACGUGUUGGUUCAGCACAGCCAGUCGGGAGGCCAGAACAAGGACGGUCCACGGGACUGGUCUCAGUCCACGCUCUACCGGAUGAUCCAGCAAGAGGAGCAUAAGACGGGAGGAGCCGGUACUGUUAGUACGAAAACCACCACGGUGAAGUCCUAUCAGCAGCCCGUGCACGCCACAGCCUUUUCCCCGGGAGGUGACGACUUUGGCGCCUCCGACUUUUAGGUGACAUCGCUCCCUUCUGGUGCCUGGUGUCAGGUGUUUGGUGUCCGGUGUCGUCGAUCAGGUUCAUGUGAGGCAAUCAGCUCGCCACGGCGGCAGAAUCUGGUCGGAAAAGUUAGUCAACGACCGUUUGUUUAACUUUAGACCAUGUGUCCGAUUCACUUUAUUUUGGGCGAUAGUGUGUUACAAGAGGCCGAUGAACGUGCAAUAAUAUCCCCUCCCACUCUUCACGGAAGUGUUAAACCUUAGUACAGUUAGAUAUUUCAAGUGUGGCCGUAAUGACUCUUUGAUUUGUGAUUAACAUUCUACCCUGUUCUUUCAAAGGCUGUCAUUUGUUUCAAAGACAAAAUGGUGGCAAUUAUCAUGUAUGCUGAGUCUUAGUGACAUGCCCUUUGUAUAAUCUACGGAUUAUAAGACCAGUAAUGGAGGUGUAAGUGUUGUUUUCCGCCGCAGAGUUAACUCCCCUAAGUAGUGCUCGUAACACCACUGCGCCUUUCCCCCGAUUCUGCCAAUGAAUGCCACUCUGCCGUUGUUUUACAAGGAAUCAGAUCUGGUUCUGUAACAUCGCUAGCUGGGAUGACACUCUUUCGAGAAUGUAGACUAGAUAGUUAUUUCGAUAAUACUGCGACAUGCAUUUGUGAGCUACUUGAUGGAUUGUUUGUUUGUAUAAAGUAGUGGUUGUAGUUGACGGAAUCAAUUUUGAGGUCUAUAUUGUCUUACAUAUUCUGGGUGCAAACAAAAUGGCUAUAAUUUAUAUUUAUCUAUGUAAAGAGGUGCAAAAGGGUUGUCCACCCAGUAAGAGUUCCGAAAUCAAACAAAUAAAUUCUACAAAAAUGACUUUGCAGAAACCCA